AGCCCAGUUUAUCGGAUCCCACAACUCCCCCACUUCGGCCACCAGACACACGUCUCCUCAUUUUCUCAGGUCUUCUCUUCUUCUGCACCCAAACUUCCCCCCAUUCUGCUCUGUCGUCAAUUUCUCCGUCCUGAACAGCCGUGACUUGUUCUGCAGAAAUACAGAUGGCGGGGACUGUGUUCACGCCCUCCCUUGAGGGAAUGAAGCAUGUCAAGUCAGAGAACGGCCUGAUCCUGACCAAGCCGUUUCUCGAAGUAUGCAAGCACAUCCUUCCUGUGCUAGAGAAAUUCGGGUCAGCCAUGGCUAUUGUCAAGACUGAUAUAGGAGGCAAUAUCACGAGGCUGGAGACAAAAUAUGCAUCUGAUCCUACAAAGUAUGAGCAGCUGCACAGUCUGGUGAAAGUAGAAGUUAGUGCAAAGACUGCCAAAAGUUCUAGCAGUUGUACUAACGGUCUUCUCUGGCUGACAAGAGCCAUGGACUUCUUGGUUGCACUGUUCCAUAAUUUGGUACAGCACCCAGAUUGGCAAAUGUCACAAGCUUGCAAUGACGCAUAUAGCAAAACACUGAAGAAAUGGCAUGGCUGGCUAGCGAGUUCAAGCUUUUCGGUUGCCAUAAAGCUUGCACCAGACAGGAAGAAGUUCAUGGAGAUCAUCAGUGGUUCAGGCAACAUCAACACAGACAUUGAGAAGUUUUGCUCAACAUUCUCCCCUUUGCUGGCAGAAAACCACAAGUUUCUGGCCAGUGUGGGCAUGGAUGAUCUUAAGGCGUCUUGAUGCAGUACACUCGUUUAUCAUUUGGCAUUCUCCAUGCCAAGCUUACACAGAAACAUGCAUCAUGCGUUGUUGAAUUUGUAUUGAGGAUAAUGAAUCUCUGCUCUGUCUAAAUGUAAUAUUUGUCACAUCCUUGUUUAAUCAUGAACACAGGAUAACUUCUGGCUGAC